UCCUGUAUCAACUGUGGAUUUUAUUCACCUGUGGUAGUCAUGGAUUUACACAGGAAAGGGGUUUUCAAGCUGGCAGUCAGUGACCUCAAAGCACCCCCUGAUGACUUCAACGGAGAACAUGACAUUGAGAGUUUUUGGAAUUCUGUUCAUCUUGCGACGAUAAGUCAUGGUUUUUUCCAAAGCAGUGCAAACAACCCUUUCACUGUCAGUCCAAGCUACGAACACUGGGCACCUUGGAUUGGGAGUGAAACACGUCGAAGUGGCACUGUUCUUAACACAGAGUUCAAAAAAGUGAGAACAUGCCCCUCUUCAACUGAAGCACAGCUGAGCAGUGUUACUGAGGACCAUCUGAUUGAUGAGUUGGCAAAACAAAAGGUUGGAGUUGUGAGAAAAUUGUGCAAAGCCUGCAACAUCGACACCAAGGGCUCCCGCCUUGAUCUCAUAACAAGACUGAAGGAGAACAUGAAGAGCAGACAAACAUAUGACAAGGUCUUCCAAAGCAUAUGGGGUGCAUCUGUUGGAUGGUCUGUAAUACUUUGCCCACAUGGCAUUGUAUACAGCAUCAAAUUUAAUCUACGUGCUGAAAGUCCCAGGGACUUUGCAGACCUGUUACUCUCCUGGAAGCACUUUCCAAAUGCCUGUGUUUAUGAUUUCGCAAGAGGUUUGGCGACACACACCAAUUUGCGGGUUCCUCAUUCACUGCCUUUCCAGCCUUUUGAGGGCAGACUGUCUGAUCCCACAGAAGAGAAUGUGAAGGCAGCCAGGGAUGGAAAAUUGCUGGUAUCACUGCCAUGGCUACAUGAAAGUGUGCACUGUGGGGAGGAUAAUGCUCAUCCAGUCACUGGAUCAUCUGAGCACUAUGUCUUAUAUGACCGCUUCCAUGAGCAGAAUGCCACAGAUCCACAGGACAUACUAUGCAGGAUCCAACUUGUCCCUGAGCUGAAAGGGUGGUUGAAUAGCCAAGUUGCUGAGCAGUUCUUUGCCAAAAUGCGUAAAAGCAACUACUUCUUCAAUAACAUGACUCCAUCAACCCAUGCAUUUCUUAUGAGAAGUGUUAUCCAUCGUCCUAACACCUCCACAAAUAGAGCACUUCUGGAGAGGCAGUUAAACUCUGGAUGUCGGCUUGAACUUCUAAACACCAUCACCUUGUCUACUUUGGGACAAGCUGUCAUAGGUGAUGCAUCAAAACGACGAAGCACAACUGUGGUGGCUCAGGCAUCUUCAGCAACAAGAUCUCAACUCACUCCAGCCGAGCCAAGGUCAACUGAAAGCAUAGCUGCACAACCACCCACUGAUGAAGCACAAACACAAAAUGUUGGCCCUUCGCACCAUUGUGGGCAGCAUUGUGCAACACUUACUGCCAUCAGCAACCUCAGGCCCUGUAGAACAAUGUGGUCAGCUGGAGGAGAUCAUCCCCUCCAGGAACAGCUGGUCAGCUAUGUUCUGGAUGAGGGUAGGCCUGCCAAUGAAAUUAUGAUUAAGGAUGGCCCUACAUGUUUGACCAGAGAGAACCUGUUAUCUUUAGGUCUAAACAGGGAAAUGGACUCAAUGGUGGGAAAUGCUUGUCUGAGGCUUGUUAAGGAGAUGGUUGAGUUACAGGGGAAAAAGGUCUUUAUUAUGGACCUCCACAUCCCCCCAACAUGGCUCCCACCCUUGAGUUGUGACCCUCUAGGCAGUCUUCCUGUCGACUCCGCCGAGAAAGAUGCACUUAUAUUCCCACUGUGGAUACAAGGCCAUUUUUUGCUAUGUGGCUGUUGCACAAAAGCUCAUGCCUGGGCCAUGGGAAGAACAGUCAGGCCUGGAUGUUGAGGGGCUACCCCUACAACAUUACGGGAUUGACUGUGGAUUAUUUAUGGUUAUGGUGGGUUGCCAAGCUCAUUUUUAGGAUGUUUAGUGAUGUCCACACAACAUCCAUUGUCCAUUUUUAUUCAUCUUGGUAAAUUUAUGCUCAUACAAAUGACAUUUACAGUAUACCUGGUACAUAACUGUGGAGGCAGCCUUUGAUUUCACCACCGUAAGUGCAGUCUUGGUGUUGACAAAGAUGUUUAAUGUUAAUUGUGGUGAAUCACAUUACAACUGUUCUUAUCUUUAGUCUGACAUGCCAUAUCUGAGGAGUUGGUGGUGCAAGGUUUUGCUCGAGGGGUAUGGUUUGUGAAAUGAAAAGUAGAACAUUAAUAGAUAGUACUGUCAAAGUGGGAAAGCAUGAUGAACAUAUUUGGUCAAUGUCAAUUACAGACAUGGUCGAAGAUUUGCGCAUUUUACACAGGAAGGCAGGAAGAUGGGGGAUGGAAGUCUGCCGCCUGUUUUUCGUGUCCUUAGGAAAAGGAGAUGCAGCACUUUGGUACCUACAAUCCCAGCAAAGAUGUUAAGGGUUUCACA